AUGGAAGGAACAUCCAGUAGAUUCGGAAGCAAAAAAGGAAGAAAAUUAGUUACACUUACUAAUAUUCAAAAAAAAGAACUAUGUGAAUAUAAGAAUGCCAAUCCAAGCAAGACAUACGAAGAAAUUGGUAAUAAAUUCGGAAUUGGUAAAUCAACUGUAGGAGAUAUCCUUGGAGAUAAGGCGAAAUGGCUUGCAAUUACUGAGAGCUCAGGUGCUACUAAACGAGAUCGUGGAGGUGAAUGGCCACAAUUGGAAGAAGCAUUAGCAAUUUGGAUUGAUAAUGCCAAUAGAGCCAAUAAUACCAUAACUGGUUCCAUCAUUUGUCAAAAGGCACUGGAUUAUGCUAGAAGACUCGAAAUUAUUGGAUUUCCAGCCUCACAAGGAUGGCUUACUAAUUUUAAAAAAAGAAAAGGUAUAAAAGAACAUUACAAAUCGGGUGAAGCAGCAA